AAAUUAAAGAAAUGGGAACCAGUGGAGAAGGGACCAAAUUUCAGUGCAAGCUUGUAGGGAUAACAGAUGUCGCUAGCCCAGAGGGUAUGGAUAUGUGUGCAGAGGCUUUUGGGAAAUUAAAGGCUCAGGCAAAGAAAAAGUGGCUGCACAAAGAGAGGGUGACACUGACUGUUAUUAGUUUGGAAGGUAUCAGGAUAGAAGAUGAGACUUCUCAAAAAGUGAAGCAUAUGCAUCCUGUCAAGAGAAUAACAUUUGUCAUUCCUGACCCAGAUGAUAGAAAAAUAUUUGGUUAUGUUUUCAGUCAACCUGAUUGUUCCACUGGACAUAAAUUUUAUGCCCUGAAGUCAAAAAAUGUAAGAGGGACUAAAAAAAAUUGUUUGCUUUGUUAAAUGAAAUACAAAAAAUGCAUUGGCUAGUUGUAGGAGACGUGAU